AUGACGCUAUCUCAAGGAAGUGAAGUGAAAGUCACUCAGUCGUGUCCGACUCUUUGCAAUCCCAUGGACUGUAGCCUGCCAGGCUCCUUGGUCCAUGGAAUUCUUCAGGCUCCACCCCAUGCCUUCUCCCCAGCUCCCUUUCUGGGCAAGGGUACAGCACUGCAUCUAACUGAAGAAACCAGAUCCAGCCAGGGGAAGGGUCAGGCCAAAGGAAAAACACACUUCCAGACGCCAGCUGAACAAGGCUCUGCUGAAGACCAGCAAAGCUCGAUCUUCAUUACAAGGAAAAUUUUAUGGCGAAUGGACUGA